AUGGCGAAAGAUGGCGAUGCUACAUGUAUUGCCGCAGAAUUACCAUGGGGAUCACUGAAGGUUGUCGCUAUGACGGGCAUCGAUUUCAGUGCUCCACCCGGUCAUUUUGCCCUGAAAUCGGUGUUGCAAGAAUUGUUCACUGUAUUCGAUCGCAGAAUUCACAAUCUCAAAGACAUCGAUGUGAGAAAUUUUACUAAUAAUCAUAACAGUAUUGGAAAUGAUGAACAGAAUGAGGCCAAGAAGCGGGAAAGGACGUAA